AGCACUUCCAUGUGAGUUACAUGCAACUGAAGGAUUUUCUCUUAACUGUAUUUCUACUGUGGUUGGUGAGAGAAAGAAAUAAGCCAGUGUGGAGAGAGCCCGCUUUAAAGUCUGCUGUGUGCUCUAGAGGAGGUGGUGGAAGCAGGCUGUGUGUCAAAAGCAAUGCCAUCCAGAAAAUACAAAGAAUGUGAUUUAAGCAAAGAAACUCUAAACUCUAUAACCCGGUGACAAAGACAAGGAGCCAGAAAUAAUGUAAUUCUGUUACUAAGGAACAAGAUACAACCCUUGCAUUCAGCUUUACGAGGGAGUGAGGCUAAAAUCAACAUGUCGGAGGAACAGGCCGUGGUCACAGGAGCUGACAAUCCACCUGGGAAUGGAAGACCAGUCUCUCCUGCACCCAGCGAUGUUUCCAUGAAAAGUGACAGGUCCAAGGGAGAGCCCCUCAACUUCAGUAACGUAAUACCAGGUCCACCUGGGAAUGGAAGACCAGUCUCUCCUGCACCCAGCAACGUUUCCAUGAGAAGUGACAGGUCCAAGGGAGAGCCCCUCAACUUCAGUAACGUAACACCAAGUCCACCUGGGAAUGGAAGACCAGUCUCUCCUGCACCCAGCAAUGUUUCAAUGAAAAGUGACCGGUCCAAGGGAGAACCCCUCAACUUCAGUAACGUAACACCAAGUUCAUCUGGGAAUGGAAGACCAGCCUCUCCUGCACCCAGCGAUAUUUCCAUGAAAAGUGACAGGUCCAUGGGAGAACCCCUCAACUUCAGUAACGUAAUACCAGGUCCACCUGGGAAUGGAAGACCAGUCUCUCCUGCACCCAGCGACGUUUCCAUGAGAAGUGACAGGUCCAAGGGAGAGCCCCUCAACUUCAGUAAUGUAACACCAGGUCCACCUGGGAAUGGAAGACCAGUCUCUCCUGCACCCAGCGAUGUUUCAAUGAAAAGUGACCGGUCCAAGGGAGAACCCCUCAACUUCAGUAACGUAACACCAAGUUCAUCUGGGAAUGGAAGACCAGCCUCUCCUGCACCCAGCGAUAUUUCCAUGAAAAGUGACAGGUCCAUGGGAGAACCCCUCAACUUCAGUAACGUAAUACCAGCUCCACCUGGGAAUGGAAGACCAGUCUCUCCUGCACCCAGCGACGUUUCCAUGAGAAGUGACAGGUCCAAGGGAGAGCCCCUCAACUUCAGUAAUGUAACACCAAGUCCACCUGGGAAUGGAAGACCAGUCUCUCCUGCACCCAGCGAUGUUUCAAUGAAAAGUGACCGGUCCAAGGGAGAACCCCUCAACUUCAGUAACGUAACACCAAGUUCAUCUGGGAAUGGAAGACCAGCCUCUCCUGCACCCAGCAAUAUUUCCAUGAAAAGUGACAGGUCCAGGGGAGAACCCCUCAACAAUACUGAGCCAAGCCCUGUCCAGCCACAAAGACCACAGCCCAGCAGUGCUAACACAAAAAGCAGCCAGUCUGAGGAUGAUCCUCUCAACCGCAACAAACAUUCAGAGAAAGAUGCCAAACAGAAACUGAGAGAUCACCUGAAGGAGAGAAUCCUCAGUCAAUAUGAAGAGAAACUGAAAAAACAUAAGAUUGACACAGAACUCUACGAGAUAAAAUCUGUCAGAGACAAGGAAGAUGAAGAAAAACUUGUUAAAAGCUACAAUGAAAUAUUUAAAGCUUCAGAGAAAGAGCGAACAGUGCUAAUGAAGGGAGUGCCUGGUAUUGGGAAAACAUUUCAAACAAGGAGGUUCAUGGUUGACUGGGCAAAAGGAAACUCCAACAAAGACAUAGACUUGAUCGUGUCAUUUCAUUUCAGUGAGCUGAAUUCAAAAGGAGUUGAAAGCAUGGAAGAUCUGCUUAAUCAUUUCUUCAGUGAUGCCAAACAACAAAGACUUCCCACCUUUGACAAGUGUAAAGUAGCUUUUGUCCUUGAUGGCCUGGAAGAAUGUCAGCUUCCUCUUAACUUAAAUAACCAGGACCUGACUAAUAUAAAAGACAAAGCCUCCAUGGAUGUGCUGCUGACAAACCUCAUCAAGGGGAAUUUGCUUCCCUUUGCUCGUCUCUGGAUCAUCUCUCAACCCUCAGGAGUUGACAAGAUUCCUCCUGAAUAUAUCCAGAAAGUGACAGAAUGUCGAGAGAAAGACACCAAACAGAAACUGAGAAAACACCUGAAGGAGAGAAUCCUCAGUCAUUAUGAAGAGGAACUGAGAAAACAUGAGACUGACACAGAACUCUACGAGAUAAAAUCUGACAAAGACAAGGAAGAUGAAGAAAAACUUGUUAAAAACUACAAUGAAAUAUUUAAAGCUUCAGAGAAAGAGCGAACAGUGCUAAUGAAGGGAGUGCCUGGUAUUGGGAAAACAUUUCAAACAAGGAGGUUCAUGGUUGACUGGGCAAAAGGAAACUCCAACCAAGACAUAGACUUGAUCGUGUCAUUUCAUUUCAGUGAGCUGAAUUCAAAAGGAGUUCAAAGCAUGGAAGAUCUGCUUAAUCAUUUCUUCAGUAAUUCCAAACAACGAGGACUUCCCACCUUUGACAAGUGUAAAGUAGCUUUUGUCCUUGAUGGUCUGGAAGAACGUCAGCUUGCUCUAGACUUUGAAAAUAACCAGGACCUGACUGAUAUAAAAGAAAAAGCCUCCAUGGAUGUGCUGCUGACAAACCUCAUCAAGGGGAGUUUGCUUCCCUCUGCUCGUCUCUGGAUCAUCUCUCAACCCUCAGGAGUUGACAAGAUUCCUCCUGAAUAUAUCCAGAAAGUGACAGAAUGUCGAGAGGGCACAAAGCGCCGGGAGAAGCUGGUAUCAGACCUGAAGGAAAAAUUUCGUAAUGAAUAUACUCACGUUGGAGACAUCAAUCAUCCUAACCAGAAAAACACAGAACACAUCAUUAGAAAUGUCAGCACUGGUGAGGUCAACGACGAAGAGAAACAUGGGAAGACUGUGUCAAAUUCAGUGACACAAGUGAAUGCAAUAUCAGAUAUCUUCAAAGAAGGAAGAGGACAAAAGAUCAGAACUGUGCUCACUAAGGGAGAAACUGAGAUUGGAAAAUCUUUCCAUGUGAGGAAAUUCAUUAAAGAGUGGGCUGAAAAUGAGAAACAUUCAGGUUUCUGGAAUAUGGUCACCAGCUUAUCCAUCUUAUGGAGCAAACCCAGUGUUGAAGAAGUUUUAUUUCCACUUGACUUCUCCAAGCUUGUUAUGAUAAAAGAGGAAGUCAGUUUGGUGGGACUUCUUAAUCAUUUGUUUGAGGAAACCCAAAAAUCUGUAAUAUCUGACUAUGCACACUUCAAAGUUUUAUUUGUCUUGGAUGGAUUGGACACUGACCAACUUCCUCUUGACUUUGAGAAGAGCGACAUCUUGACGGAUGUCAGACAGCCAGCCUCAGUGGGCGUGCUACUGACCAACCUCAUCAAAGGAAACCUGCUCCCUUCUGCCCGGCUCUGGAUCACCUCCCGAACUUCACCUCCUGAACGGCUGCCUGAUAGCUCAUUUGAUAGGGUGACAGAAAUACGAGAGAAGCCUGAUCUUGCAAGUCAACGGAAACUCAAAUCUCAUCUGAAGGAACAAUUUACCCGGGUGUCUGAGGGGAUCGAUAAGCAGAAAACCUCUGCUCUUUUGAAUGAGAUCUACACAGAUCUCUACAUCAUAGAGGGGGAGAGGGGAGAGGUUAAUGCUCAGCAUGAGUCAAGACAGGUGCAGGAAGCGAAAUUCAAGCCAGUGAGAGAAGAAACACCCAUUAAAUACCAUGACAUCUUCAAACCUGCAUCUGCUGAAAAUAAACCCAUUAGAUCUGUGCUAACAAUCGGAGUAGCAGGAAUUGGAAAAACAUUUGCAUCAAUGAAGUACAUGCUGGACUGGGCGGAGGGCACGGCCAAUGAAAACAUAUAUUAUACAUUUCCACUUCCUUUCAGGGAGUUGAAUUUGAGAAAAGAGAACGAACACAGUCUCGAAGAACUUAUUCAUCAGUUCUUCCCUCUUAUGAAGACAUCAGAAAUAAAGGACUAUGACAAGUACCAAAUUCUGAUUGUCCUGGAUGGCCUUGAUGAAUGUCGUCUUGAUCUUAACUUCAGUGAAAGUAUGGAUUGGACAGACGUGAGAGAGAAAACCUCAGUAAAUGUUCUGCUAGCAAACCUCAUCAAAGGAAACUUGCUUCCCAAAGCUCAAAUUUGGAUCACCUCCCGACCUGCAGCUUCCAAUAAUCUCCCCGCUGAUAAAGUUGACCGGGUUACUGAGGUACGAGGAUUCAGUGAUGACCAGAAGGAGGAGUACUUCAGGAAGAGAUUCAGUGACAAGGAUUUGGCCGCGAUAAUCUUGUCACAUGUCAAGAAAUCAAGGAGCCUUUACAUCAUGUGUCACAUCCCAGUUUUCUGUUGGAUCACUUCAAAAGUUCUAGAAGACUUUGUGAGCCGAAACCAAGAGGAGGGGAUGCCCAAGACCCUGACAGACAUGUACAUACACUUUCUUUUGCUGCAGUGCAGACAGGCUAAUGUAAAGUAUGGUGGAGAGGAGACAAGUGACAGUUCUGAGACAGAUUCAUGCUUGAAUACAUGGAACAAAGACACAAUCCUAUCUUUGGGAAAACUGGCUUUUGAUGAGCUGGAGAAAGGAAACCCUCUCUUCACUGAAGAAAACUUGAAAGAGUGCGGCAUUGACAUAGAAAAAACUGCAGUCUUUUCAGGGUUAUUCACUCGGAUCACACGAGAAGGUUGUGGGCUUUACCAGAAUAACUUUUUCUGCUUUGUCCAUCUGAGCAUUCAAGAGUUUCUGGCAGCGUUUCAUGUCACUUACACAUUCAAUAACAAAGGUGAAAAUCUACUGACCAAACCCGCUUCAGGUGCAGACUUGCCUGCAUCAAACAUCUACAAGACAGCAGUGGACAAGGCUUUAGAAAGCAAAAAUGGAGACUGGGAUCUGUUUCUCCGCUUCCUGCUUGGUCUCUCUCUGGAGACUAAUCAAAACCUACUGCAAGAGCUGCUGCAAAAGACAGAAUAUAACAAGCAGAGAAACAAGGAAACAGUUGAGUACAUCAAAGGGAAGAUCAGUGAAGAGAUCAGUGAUGCAGAUAAAAACCUCAACCUUUUCCACUGUUUGAAUGAGCUGAAUGACCACUCUCUUGUGAAAGAAGUCAAAAAGUACCUGCAAUCAGAAACACAGUCCUUCGAAAAUUUCUCUGCCUCCCAGUGGUCAGCUCUGACUUAUGUGCUGCUGAUAUCAGAUGAGAAACUUGAUGUGUUUGAUCUGAAAAAGUACCUGAAAUCAGAGAAAGUUCUUCUGGGAAUGUUGCCGGUGGUCAAAGUCUCCAAAACGACUUUGCUGAGUUGGUGUGAGCUCUCCGAGGAGUCCUGUAAAGGUCUAACAUCCUCAGUCCUCAGUUCCGCAUCCUCAAAUCUCAUGGAGCUGGACCUGAGUCAUAAUGACCUGCUGGAUUCAGGUGUGGAGCUACUUGCUGAUGGCCUGAAGAGUCUACACUGUAAACUGGAGAUUCUGAAGCUGUCAGGUUGUCAGGUGACAGAGAAAGGCUGCGCUGCCCUGGCCUCAGCUCUCAAGUCCAACACGGCUUCCCAUCUGAAACAGUUGGAUCUGAGUUACAAUCACCCAGGAGACAAAGGGGAGAGGAUGCUCUGUGCUCUAACUGAAGACCCAAAUGCGAAGCUGAACACACUGAGUUUGGACCAUGGUGGAGCCCAUAGGUUAAAGCCAGGACUGAAGAAAUAUGGUGCAGAUCUGAAGUUUGAUGAAAACACUGUAAGCAGGAGGCUUGUUCUUUCUGAAGGGAACAAAACAGUAAAAACUGUAAAGAAAGUGGAGGAGAAAGUUGUAAGACCUGAAAACGAUGACAGGUUUAAGAGGACUCAGGUGUUUUGUGAUGAGGGCCUGAAAGGCCUCUGCUACUGGGAGGUGGAGUGGAGAGGGACGGUUGGUAUCGCAGUGUCAUAUAGAGAUGUGAGUAGAAAGUGGGACAGUAGUGGUGGCCUAGGAUGCAACAAAAACUCCUGGAGUCUGAUCUGCUCAAAGGAUGGAUACACUGCCAGGCAUGGAAACAAAUCCAAAGAUAUUAAGAAGCCCCUUUGCCAAAAAAUAGCACUGCUUCUGGAUUGGGAAGCCGGUACUCUGCGUUAUUACAGUGUCACAACAGGAAAGCUGAGCCUCAUACACACCUUCCAUGCCAAGUUCACAAAACCGCUCUUCCCAGGCUUCUGGUUUAAGAAGGGCUCUGUGACUUUGUGUGAGUUAGACUGAGUGAUGACCUGAUGCUCUACUUGACAUUUUGAUUUGCAAAAGCACAGCUCCAUCAUUUUGUGAAACAUUAUUAAGUUGUGUUGUUCUUCUUUUCAUGUUCAUACUAUAAGUCGACAUUAACAAUGCAAAGGAGGAAGUGAAGUGAAACUACUGACAUGUUCUUAAUAAUGUGAUGAAUAAAGAAAACUAAUGUAGACUGUUGUAAAACUGAAAAAUAAGUGUCUUUCCAUGCAAAACAUUGUCAUUGUCAACAUUUUGUCUUCACAAAUAAUAUAAAUUGUGUUCAUGGUGUUGUAAUCAUUCUGAUGCUUCAGAAGGCAGCUGACUCUUAUAUUUUUGUGAGCUGCUAAAAGCUGUGUACAAUUUUUGAAUACAUUUAAUGUUUUAUUAUUUUUUUAUUUGCCUGAAUAGAUGAAAGUAUUAAGGACUUUUUACCUAGAAGAGCAGAAGUUUCAGAUGAUUGAUGGAAAUUGUUUUAUACUGUAGUUCACUGUAUUUCAAUGUUGGAUGGACUGUAAUGAAAAUGGAAGUGUGCUACGCUAACCCAGACUCUGUUAGUGGAGAACCUGUGUUACAGCCGUAAGAUGUUGCCUCAGUUUGUUUUGAAAUGUUUAUGUGAAGUCACUGGUACAUAAAAAUAAUAUGUAAAAUAUACUGAUAGUUGAAAUAUGCUGACUUAUGAGAUUCUGCUUUAUACAAAAAAACAAAAAACAAAAAACUUUUUCUCCAAUAUAUAUUGUUUUGCCUGGAAAAUGUGCUGAAUAA